AUGUCAAAGUAUGGAUGCGUUUAUCCGGACAGUGAAGAAAAGGAAAGGCGUUUUACCAUCUUCAAGAGCAAUGUCGAGUAUGUGGAGAAAUUCAACCGUGAUGGGAAUAACACAUACAAGUUAGGACUCGAUGAAUUUGCUGAUUUGAGCUACGAAGAUUUCGUCCAACAACAUACUGGAUACAUAAAUCCCACUGAAAAGACCUCAUCCGCAGAUGUAUCAUUUAGGUACGAGAGCUUAGGCGGUCCUGAUGUUCCCCUUAGCAUCGACUGGAGUAUGCAUGGAGCCGUCACCACCGUAAAGAAUCAAGGACCCAGUGGUUGUUGCUGGGCAUGUAAGAACCAUAAAGCCUCCUAG